AUGCAUCGCCGUAGGAGAAUAGCGUGGGUCGAGAGCCCGGAGGGCACUGGGGCACUGGAAGCGGGCGCUGGCCGGCAGAGAAGCGGCGGCUCCUCUCGCUCCUCCUCGAGAGAGGAAGGGAAGGAGCAGGGAGAGCUGCCUCUGCGGGUGCGUGAGGAGGCGGAGAAGGUGCGGAGCGAAGACCCCCAGCCGCUCCUCAGAGGGAUUUUCGAGAUCCAGAAGAAGAGCUGCGACGUAGUGCUGAGCGCCCAGAGGCUCAAGUGGAGCCCGAUCCAGCCUGAGCGCCCCGUAGGUGGAGCCAGCAUAGUCUUGCAACAUAAAGAGGAAUAUGUUGAAAUGAAAGAUGUAUUUUCUGUAAAACUAAAGCGUCGUCGAUUUGUUGGGCAGCAAAAGGGCGGUGUAUUAUUAGGUAUCACCGUAUUUGUGUGUCUAAAAAAGGAAGGAAAUAAGCUUAAGGAUUCCACAAUUCAUCUAAGUAACAUGAGUGAAGACCAUUGUCAUUUGUGGUUUAGAUAUUUGACAGAAAUAGUGAAUGGUUUUCCAAAUAGGCCAAAGUCAUUAAAAGUGUUUGUCAAUCCAAACAGUCAUAGAAAGGAGGCUGCCCGUCUUUAUUAUGAACAAGUUGCGCCUCUCUUUAAGCUCGCUGACAUCAGAACUGACGUGAUAGUUACUGAAUAUGAAGGACAUGCUCUUGCAUUGCUUAAGGAAUGUGAUCUAAAGCCAUUUCAUGGGGUGGUCUGUGUUGGUGGAGAUGGGACUGUCAGUGAGGCCGCGAAUGGUCUUUUACUGAGAGCGCAGAUGGAUGCUGGAAGGGACAGGAAGGAUACGCUUGCACCAGCCAGAGCACCACUUCCGCUUGGAAUAAUACCAGCAGGUUCUACAAAUAUUUUGGCACAUACUCUGAACGGAGUCCAACAUGCCCUAACAGCAGCAUUGCAUAUAAUAAUGGGGCAUGUACAGUCAGUGGAUGUCUGCACCUUCAGUAGUCCAACCAAACUACUUCGUUUUGGGUUCUCUUCUAUGUUCGGUUUUGGGGCAAGGACUUUAGCUUUGGCUGAAAAGCAUCGUUGGAUGCCAUCAAAUCAGCGAAAAGAUUUUGCUGUGAUCAAGGCACUGGCAAGUCUGAAACCAGAAGAUUGUGAAUUAUCAUUCCUGCCUUUGAAGAAUGUACAGAAAGAUUGCCAGGAAAAUGCUAGGAAGAAGCAAGUGAGCCUUAAAUCUGACGGCGAGGAUCAGUGGCACAGGAUCCAGGGUCACUUCCUCAAUGUGAGCAUUAUGGCAAUCCCUUGUCUCUGUUCAAUGGCACCAAGAGGCUUGGCACCUAAUACCAGAAUGAAUGAUGGAGGCAUAGCUCUCAUUGUUGUACGAAACACUUCUCGCCCAGAGUUUGUUCAACAUCUGAAAAGAUACGCAAGUAUGAAAAACCAGUUCAAUUUUCCCUUUAUUGAAACUUACGUUGUUGAAGAAGUAAAAGUACAUCCAAGAACUGGAAGUGAACAUGUCACUGGAAAUACUUUGAAUUCUGCAGAAAAGAGCUAUCCUUGGAACAUAGAUGGAGAUUUAAUGGAAUGGGCAUCAGAAAUUCAUGUUCGGGUACACCCCCAAUUAAUUAAUCUGUAUGGACAGAAUAUUGAUACACUGGAUAAUCCAAAAGGAUCAUGCAGCUAUGUUUAGAAGCAGUUCAUGAAAAGAACUAUCUAUUUUCUAG